AUGUCUCGUAUCUCUACUUCUGCUCACACCACUGCCGUUUUCACCUUUGAUGGCACCAAUCUCCUAUAUGGAAACAUUCCGCGAGUUGAGGCAAAACAGUUGCGAUAUCUCCUAGUACGUGGCUCUGGUCACGUUAUAAGAGGAAAUUACAUGCCGAAAGCAUGGUUUCGAGCACAAUGUGCGCAUUAUGGUCUUCCAACUAGCGAUACUUUGGCUGCUCUCCGUAACCAACUAGAGCUAUUUGUCAACAGCCCACUUCCAGAAGUUCCGAGAGGCCUCGUUAUUCUAGAGGAACAGAAACGAGACGAGUACUCAGCCUCCUCUCGCGCCCUAGGCCUGGGUCUAGAUCUCUUACAGAAGAAUUUUUCAACGAAUCAAUUGCAGAAUGAAUUUGAGCAAAAUGAAGAACCUAUCUCUCCAGGUUUCUCAGGUGAAACGAGGGAAGCCCAGCAUACUAUUUCAACAAAGAUCGCUCAACCCCUUGCCGACGACACUAACCUGUGCUCGACCCCGAUAACCAAAUCCCCGAAGAAAUUAUCUCUUCCACGAGCAAAAAUCUUCGCAGUGGCGAAAUUCAAGAAAUCGGUGCGAUGGGACCCCGUAUUGGCAGAGAAUGCCCUCCAGGAGAUUAAGCUUAGGAUGGGGUCAGAACCGACUAGCGAGACAGAUACUGAUAGUGACAUCGAAAAUGAUCCGUUUACCUCGAGUAGGUUUAGGGCGCUUGGCUCCCGAUCCUCUCGCGGCCCACUCACUCACUGGCCCCAAAGUCUUGCGCCCCUGAUCGCAGAUGUGGUGUCCGGUCGUUGGGAGCUUUGCGUGACGGAUCAUACCAUAUCGCCUCUUCCCGCACCGUGGCGCACUGCAUCGCCCAAGUGGCUCAAGGGAGACAUGGACGUACGACUUACUGCAGACGGAAGAUCCCUCACCGGCAAUUUCGCGCUCCUGGGUUUGAAUGGAAAGUUCAAAUCGGAGAAGUGCAGACUGUAUGAUGGUGGAAUUGGUAUAUGGAUUCGGUUCGUAGCACGGAUGCCUAUUACUACCACAAAACCUAUCCGACACCAGGGGCACGAAGAGCAUAACUUGGCGUUUGGACCUUCCGAGACUCAAUACGGGUACCUGAGGUUUCGUGGCGGAAAUAAAGUCUGGGGCAUGUUGAGAUGUCGGAAAUAUGGAAAACUCGAUUUUGAUGGUGUAAGGACACAGGAGCCAGUGAACAUGGUAUCCUAUUGA